AUGAAGAGCCUCCAAACCCCCGCCCUUCUCUCAGCCUUGUUGGCCCUGGCGCCUGGCGCCUUGUCUCAGUGCUUUCCCGACACGGUAACCUAUUCCUCGACCCAAGCCCUCACGAGCACGGUCCAGUUCACAUCUUGCGACGGAGCGGCAGACAGUCCCCGGGUUUUCCCCAUCGAUCUGACCUCGUACGAUUGGUGGUAUUUCGACACUGUGUCCAAUGAUGGAACACAGGCUCUCACGAUCGUGUUCUACGCGGCUUCAUUCCUCGGAUUUCCCAACACGCCGGCCCUCGAAGACAUACUGAACGUCGGCAUUACGGCAACCUUUCCAAAUGGUACACAAGUGAGCGCUUCAGCUCUGGCAACUUCUGUGACUGUCAAUACGAUCGGGGAUGGAGCUUCGGGCAACUGGACCGACAGUGGAUGCAGCUUUACAGGCACGCCUGAUUUAAGCCAGUACGCAAUUACAAUCGAGAACUCGACAAUAGGCGUAUCUGGCACAGUCGAUUUCAUCUCUCGCGGUCCUGGACACUACCCAUGCAGCCCUCUCGUUGGUGGUGCUGACGAGCAGAUCAUGCCUCACGUUGGCUGGGUCAACGUCCUCCCCGCUGCGGAUGCUACCGUCCAUAUGAAUUUUGGAGGAUCGCCCAUGGUCUUCAACGGUAACGGCUAUCACGAUAAGAACUGGGGUGAUAUCCCUUUCAUUAGUGCCGUCAGCAGCUGGUAUUGGGGCCACGGCACCUUCGGAGAAUACAAUAUGGUCUGGUACGACGCUCUCGACAUCACAGGCAGCGAAACCGUCAGUGGGUACGUCUUGAAAAACGGCCAGGUCGUCGGCUCAACCUGCGCGCUGGGUACGGCUGGCCUCCAGGUGCGACCGGUAGGGACCCCGUACCCGCCAACGAUCCUCACCUCAGACCCGAACCAGUUCACCAUCGUCAUGAAACUCAACGACGGUGAGACCCUCAAUGCCACUGUGACCGGCUACAACAAACAAGUCGACACUUCCAACUACUCGCGCUGGUUCGGUGAGAUUUCGGCAAGCAUCGACGGGGUCCCAUUGCCUUCUGGUGGUUCGGCCUUGUGGGAGCAGUUCAAAUUCGCUGUCUAAUUGCCUUGCACCCCACGGGAGGUGGGCUUUCUUUGGGAGACGCAGGGCGAGGCCAGAGGACCGAGUCUGCUUUUGGAGG